AAAAAAAAAAGGUUUUCCAAUGAAAAAUUUGUUUUAAAGCUAUAUAUAUAUAUAUAUAAUAAAAAUUUCGAAUUUGUUUUGGCGAAUAGACCGUUACAUCCACAUAAUUUUAAUGUUAUAAAACUUGAGGCGCGACUGAGGCCCUUUGAACCUUCAACCUCGAGACAUCAACCCAAAUUCCAUAGAUUUUAUCGGGUUUACAUUCUGAGUGUGGGUGGCCACUGGAGAACUAGAUCCAGGUUCACCAAACGAAGUAUGGCCAAAUCCAUCAUCUUUAAUUGGGAAUGGUGGUAACCCACCUCCUAAGCUCUUUUGCAAAGAGACUGGGGCCUCUACAGAGUGCAGCUCCUUCAUAAAUGCUGUACCAAACAGUGUUUUCAGAGUUAGAGUUUUCUCGGAGCUACGAUCACUUUCAACACCGAUCCCGCUGGGGCUUUGCAUCUCAGAAACAAGGGUUUUAGACGACCCCAUUUCUGGGUCAGUUGGCAACCCCUGGCCCAUACCCUUUUGCAAAAAAGAAAGGAGACCCUGAGAAGCUGUAUUGUCAACAUCAGCUGGUUUUUGCUCAGAUAUUAGAUCAAAGGUAAAGUCACUAUUGGUUUCCUUCACCUCAGCCAAGAUCGACUGUUCAAGGUCUUCACAGGUGAGAACUCGCGGGGGUAUGCCUGGCUUUAACAGUUCAAGAGGGGCAUCAGUUAUAUGAAGAUUUGCAAAGGGUGCCACAGCAGAGGCGUUGUCAAUCUUUUCAAGAGGCAAAACGGGAGGCACAUUUUCAACAUUUGCAAAGGAUUAGUGAGGAUACGCCUUUGCCAUUGUUCACAAAAACUGAUAGUAGGUCUGUGCUUUUGGAGGAUGAGGUGUCGUCUGGUAUCUUCUCUGCAAGUUCAGACUACAACAUGAUUGUGCAACAUACAAUGUUCAUGUUAAAUCUCAACUGGGAUCAACUGAUUUCAUAGUCAAAUGAUUGAAAGAACUUUUCCUUCAGCCUUACAGUCUCUUGUAACAAACCAAAGAUGCGUUUCAUGCAUUUCUUCAAUGGAGAAGAAGAUUGUAUCGCUUCUUGAAGGGGUUUCUUGUAUUAAAGAAAUGGAUCAAGUUCAUGCUCUAAUCACAAAGACUGGGCUCAAAGAAUGCAGCUCUGUCGCUUGUAGAAUGGUGAGCUUUUGUGUUGUCUCUGUUUCAGGAAACCUAAACUAUGCAGUCCUGGUCUUUGAGGAGCUAGCAAAACCUGCCCCAUUUGUAUGGAACAACAUGAUCAGAGCUUACGCCAAUAGCAUCUUUCCAAUUGAAGCCAUUCUUCUCUAUAACAGAAUGCGUUCUGGAAAUGUUAAGGCCGAUAGCUUUACCUUCCCUUUCGUGCUUAAGGCUUGUGCUAGGGUGUCGAGGAGCAUCGAAGAAGGGCACAAACUUGUUCCUCUCCAUAAAGGGGCAGAAGCUCAUUGCACAAUUAUACAAACUGGUCUAGAAUUGGAUCCGUUUGUUCAGAAUUCUCUUAUUUCCAUGUAUUCGAUAUCUGGUAGCAUUGAGGUUGCUCGAUUGGUAUUUAACAGAAUGACCCAGAAAAACAUAGUCUCUUGGAAUACCAUGGUCAUGGCCUACUAUAGGCAAAAGAAUAUUGAAUCAGCGAAUGGGUUGCUCAAAGAGAUGCCAAUAAGAAAUGUCGUCUCAUGGAACACCAUGAUCGCGGCACAUGUUGACUCUGGCGAUAUCAAGGCUGCUGAAAUGGUGUUUGAAGAAAUGCCUGAAAGAGAUGCGGCUUCUUGGAAUGCCAUUAUAGCUGGCUAUAUCAAGAAGAAAUCGUACAGUCGGGCCUUGGAACUCUUUGAUAAAAUGCAGGGUGCUAAUGUGAGUCCAACUGAUAUUACAUUGAUCACACUUGUUGGAGCUUGUGCUAAACUUGGAGCCAUGGAGAUGGGUAAAAAAUUACACGAAUACAUUGAGAAAAAUGUGGGUUUUGAGGCUGAGGGUAUAAUGGGCAAUGCUCUGGUAGAUAUGUAUGCAAAAUGUGGGAACUUGAAGGCAGCAAGUUUAACGUUUGAGAGGAUGAGAAUGAAGCAUGUGACUUCAUGGAAUGCAAUGAUUGUGGGUUUUGCAGUUCAUGGGCAUUGCAAUGAGGCAAUCGAAUUGUUUUCGAGAAUGCAGUCGAGCGGAACCAAACCUGACAGUGUGACCUUCUUGGCGGUUUUAACGGCUUGCAGUUAUAGUGGGCUUGUUGAUGAGGGUUGCGAAUAUUUUCGUAAUAUGAUAGAGAAGUAUAAGAUAGAGCCUGGGAUCAAGCACUAUGGUUGCAUGGUUGAUCUCCUUAGUAGAUCGGGCCUCUUAGAAGAGGCCCAUGAUGUUAUUAAUAGAAUGCCAUUUGAGGCCAAUACUAUUAUAUGGAGGACUUUGUUGGGUGCAUCUAAGACUCAUGGGAAUGUGGAAUUGGCAGAGGUCGCUCUGGAAAAUUUGGGUAGAUUGGAGCCUCUAAAGCAUGGGGAUUAUGUGCUAUUGUCCAAUGUAUAUGCAGAGGCUCACAGGUGGGAUGAUGUUGAGAGGGUGAGAAAAAUGAUGGUGGAGAUGGGGGUUCUAAAGCCUCAUGGGUGCAGUCAGAUUGAGAUGAGUGGCUGAUUGAAUUAUCGAGAAGCUAAGUAGAGGG